AUGGUGUUAGUUCAAGAUCUAUUACAUCCAGAUCCAUUAACUGAAAGAUCUAGACAUAAGUUAAAAAGAUUAGUACAAGCACCAAAUACAUUUUUCAUUGACGUGAAAUGUCCAGGAUGUCGCAAUAUUAAUACUAUAUUCAGUCAUGCACAAACCGUCAUCACUUGCGACGAUUGCUCUUCCGUUGUUGCUACGCCAUCGGGUGGGAAAUGCCACUUGACUGAAGGGGCUUCAUUUAGAAGAAAAUAG